AUGGCCACCAUGUUCAAUCGUUGGUGGCAGCGCCGCCGGCUCAUUCGGCUUGUAAACGCCUUUCGAGGUCUCGCGAUUCGGAAGCCACAAGUGAUGAGAAUGUGGCGACGGGGAGUUAUUCUGAAAUUUAUCAGCAUAAGUCUGUCGGAAUUUCUACAAAUAUUAGUAAGCUUUUUAUCAUUGCGGCCUUACCUUACUGUGAACUUGGCCUCUAGCAUAUUCGUGCUAUAUACUCUUACAGUACUUGUCAAUGUCAUUAUAUCUCACUAUUACUUUGCAAUAGUGAAUGUCCACAGCCACUAUAUUCUACUCAAUCAAGAGCUGCACGAGGUGCUUGUCGAGAUCAGGUCCCUAGAGGGGGAACAUCGUAAAGCUGCAUUCAUGAUUAAAUGCUGCACCUUUGCAGACCGGCUGGAGGUGAUUGCCGGAACACAAUACGAAGUACAAACGCUUCUCGAACACAUAACCAAGAUUUUUGGAAUACAGGGCAUCGUUAUAACCAUCAAUAGCUACAUAUCAAUACUCGCCACAAUCUAUUUUUCGUUCUCCUCCGUUAAGAAAAUUCGUGGUGUGGAAUGGACCCCAUUGUAUAUUCUGCUGUUUGUCUUAAAUAUCGUCUGCUACUUUGCGGACAUUUUGAUUACCCUCAACAACGUCUACUUUGUCCUGGAGGUCCAUGCAUAUAUGGUGAAACUGCUGGAGCGGCUUAUAAUGUUUUCUCCGGCCUUAGACGAGAGACUACAGGCGGUCAUCGAGAGCUUUCAGCUUCAGAUCACGCGCAAUCCUUUAAAGAUCUCUUUGCUAAACCUCUUCAAUAUGGACCGAUCGAGAUCUAUGUUGAUGGCCAACUCACUAGUAACCAACUUAUUGGUACUCAUUCAGUACGACAUGAAAAACCCUAGAGAGUAA